GUCGUUUCUCGGAGAAGAGCACAGUGCUCAAAGAGAAAGACUCCGCUCAAGGACCUUUCUUAUUGUAUCGAUCCACUCGUUCGUACAACAGCCGUUCAAGUUCUCAUUCUACAUGUUAGCCACUAGAAUUAAUACUGACAUCGUGAGUCAAAUCAUCACCAAAGAGUUUGCCAUGUCCCAGCGCAAGAGUCAAGUGGAACACGUGAAUCAAAGAUCAGCCAAGAAGGAUAAGAUCCGCAGAAAUUCCGAUCGACAAAAAGAACUCGCCAAAGCCGCCAUCUGUCGAGCCGAAAUGGGUUCGGACGAUGAAUCCGUGUUCAACGACAACGCCUCCUUGAUGUCCAACGUCUCGGACGGCUCCCAAUACAAAGAUGAGUUUGCCCACAACGAAGAUGCCACUGGCGAUGACUUGACCCAAGACGAGGUCUUCGAGGAGAAGCUCCGCGAAGCCAUGGACAUGGCCACCCAGAAGUCCGCCAAUGGCCGCACCAACGCCCUCAAGGCCCUCUGCACCGGGUUCUUCAAGCGAUAUCUGCCGGAUUUCGUCGAUGAUCGACGUGUGACCCUCACGGACAUCGUGGACAAGGCUGUGAAAAAGGGCAAGGCUGACGAGAAGGUGGCUGCCGCCAAUUUGGCCGUCAUGAUCUGUGUGGAAUUAGGAACUUCGACAGUGGCCGAGGAGGUCUUCAAAGACCUGAAGCCAUUGUUCACGACGCAAAUCUUGGACAAUUCCGUGUCGUCCAAGGCCAGAGCAGCCUUGGCUAGCGCUUUGGGCGCCAUCUGCUUCCUGUCCUCUUCUGACCUCAACGAAUUCCCCCAAGUGAUGGACACUAUGGAGACCGUGUUCAAGGCCUCUUAUAACAACAAUGAACCCACCAAACAUACGGAAGACAUCUUGAGCCUCCACGAAGCGGCCUUGUCGAGUUGGACCCUGCUUCUUACCCUCCUUCCCCCUUCCAAGGCAUUCAAACUCCUCGAAAGCCAUGUGACCAGGUUUGGCGAUCUUUUGGCCAGUACCGAUGUGGACUUGCGCAUUGCCACCGGAGAGGCCCUCGUUGUCUUGUACGAAAGCGCCGUCGAGUUCAACGAAGACGAAGCCUUUUCCCUCGUGGAAGGCUUCUUGCCCGAACUCAAGCAAUUGGCCACGGACUCGCAAAAGUUCCGAUCCAAGAAGGACCGCAAAGAGCAAAAGUCCUCUUUCCGCGACAUCCUUAAAUACAUCGAGGAUAAUGACGAGUUCUACGAGAAGAUCUCGAUCAACAGCGGACGCGAAACCGUCGAACUUCUCACUUGGGCCCAGAAAAUUCAAUACACGUCUCUCUGCAAGGCUAUGGGGGCUGGUAUGUCGUACCAUCUCAAGGAAAAUGAGCUUAUCCGAGAAGUGUUCGAAUUGGGCGAGCCCUUGCCCUAUCUGCUGGACGGAUCCAACCUGAAACCUUCCAAACAAGAAAGGAAUUCGCGCCACCAGCAAGCUUCGAAAUGGAGAACCCAGACCCGGGGAAAGAAUCGGGAUAAGCGCUCGCAAGCCACGUUUAGUAAUUAAAAUGGAAUUCAGUGGAAAUACCUAGGCCACUCAAAAGGUUUCCAAGAUGUCGCCCUCACUUCCCCCUGGCGACCUUGUAUAUUCUUGCUGAUCCUAUAAACCACCUGCCAAACGCGAUUUGUCUGCACAUGAUGUUGUAACGUAAUUCUGAUAUUCCUACCCCAUACAUAUAUAUUUGCCGCUCCCAUUUGAUCAUUAAAAAAUCGUUGUUCAGAAUAGCAGAA